AUGGCCAAGGCCGCCGUCAAAUCCGAAGCGGAUAGCGUAGUAGAACAUCCCACCCUCCGACGCAGCACGAGGAAUACCAGUAAGAAAGGCGGAGAUGUGCCAAUCAAACAAGAAGAUCUACCUGCGAGCGUAACAACGUCUGCAUCGGCCCGGCAAAGAAAGAGAGUCAGGCCGAAAGACGAGGAUGAGGAUGAGGAUGAGACAAGUGAAGCUAAGCCCUUGACAAAGAAGAAAAAAACUACAUCAUCUUUAUCCAACUUUGCUACACGGGUCAAGGCCGAACCAUCUAGCCCGGGAAAAGAGGUCGUGGGUAGAGGAAAGGAAGGAAAAAGUCAAGAGAGUAGAGGGAAUAAAGGAGCCGACCUCCGGGCGAAGAAACUAAAAUCCUACGCGCAAUUCGCCAAUAAGUCGCCAUACCCGGACUUCCCGCGGCCGACACCAGAGGAGUGUCAGCGCGCCUACGAUGUUCUUGCAAAGGUGCACGGGGAGCGGAAGCGGCCCGAGAAGAUAUUAAGCGCGCCAGCCGACAGGGCCGGUUGUGGCGAUGCGCCGUCAGUUCUCGAUGCGCUGGUGCGCACCAUCCUAUCGCAGAACACAAGUAACAAGAAUAGCACGCGCGCCAAGCUAGACAUGGACGAGGUAUACGGCAGCGGGGAUUCCGAGGAGCGCUGGGCUGCGAUCGCAGCUGGCGGUCCUGAGAAACUCGAGAAGGCUAUUGCUAGAGGUGGUCUGGGAGGCGUUAAAAGCCGCGUCAUCGUAGAGAUUCUGGACCAGGUUAAGCAACGUUACGGCAAGUACUCGCUAGACCACCUGCUGCGACUCGAGGCUGGAGGAGAUGACGAGGAGGCUAUGCGCGAACUUAUCUCGUUCCGUGGCGUAGGGCCUAAGACUGCGAGCUGCGUGCUGCUCUUCUGCGUGGGGCGCGCCAGCUUCGCCGUCGACACGCACGUUCACCGGCUGACCGGCAUGAUGGGAUGGCGGCCUGCAUCGGCGUCUCGCGACGAGGCGUUUGCGCAUCUCGAUGCGAGGGUGCCUGACGCGCUCAAGUACGGCUUGCACGUUCUGCUUAUCGAACACGGGCGCGCGUGUCCUGAGUGCAAGGCUGGUGGGAAGAGGUUGGGUCGGUGCGAGCUUAGAAGGGCGUUUGGACGUAAAGGUGGCGACGGAGGGGCCGAGGAGGAAAAGGAGGGGAUGGUCCGGAUUAAGGACAGCAUCAGUGACGAUGAUGAUGAUGGAAACGAGGCGAGGAUGAGUAAGUGA